AUUGUAUAGGUAAACCCCUAUACAGUAUUGACGCUUUAAAGUAUAGUGAUAUUCGAUUCUUUUAGGAUAAAAUACCAACAUCAUAUAUAGCUUAAAAGCAUGCAAAGAUAUUACUGGUUUGGAUCUUGAUGAGAGACGUGUCCUACAGCUGUUUUACCUGACGGUGAUAUGUACUUAGUUAUGGACUACGGAGUACUGUUAACCCUGGCCUGUUGUCGGAGUAGGACUUACUAGGCCCUUGACCAGCUGUAACACGGACAUCAUUGUCAGACGAUGUCCGGUGAUGUGCAGCACCCUGACGAAAUGUCGGACAAGGGCGACAAGGACAAACGUAUUGCCAACGGGGCACCGGACAUCCGGAGAAAUGGAGAUAUGAUGAACCAUUCAGGAGAGGGCAAACUCGAAAUGUCCGAAUUCACUCUCGAAAAAGCGGAACUUCUUGGUCGGAAGAGACGUGUUAGCUUCUCAUCAGCAGUCCGCCUACGUUAUGCCGCCAUCACGGUAUCAUGGCUGUCGGUAAUAUGCGCCUUUGUUCAGGGUACUCUGGCACUAGUGCUUUCCAUAACAAGAAACAGUUCUACCUUAUUUGGAUUUGGGCUGGCGGCUCUUCUAGACAGCGCCUCGUCAAUAGUUGUACUUUGGAGGUUUCAUAGCAAGGAAUUAUAUUCAGAAGCUGCAGAAUCCAGGGCCUGUCUCAUCAUUGGCUUCUUCUUUUUAUUGUCUUCGUUUUUCCUGGCUGGAAAAACAAUAUACGACUUAGCAAUGCAUAUUAAAGAAAUAAAGUCUAUAACAGUGUGGACAUUGUCGUUGGUAAAUGGUGUAAUAAACGUGAUACUUGGUGUUUCCAAAAUAUGCAUUGGCUACAAAAUAGAAAGUAUGGCACUUCUUACUGACAGUGCUAUAACUAUCAUCGGGGCAGUGAUGAGCUUUGCAGUACUUGGAGCACUAGAAGCAUAUAUGGCCGAUGCUCGUCUUUGGUAUAUUGAUUCCAUAUUUGGAAUAAUCUGUAGCCUGAUUCUAUUUUCUUUUUCUGUCAAGUUGAUAGCAAAACAUUCAACGCCAAUCAAUUAGUGCCUGGACAAAUCAUUAUUUGGCUAGUUCAACAGCUGGUCAGUUCAAAGGACAAAGUGAUAUAGUCUUAUUCCUUUUUGAGUGUAUUAUCCGGGGAUCGGAUGAAAAAAAAAUAUUUGCUAUUUUACCUACUUGCAAAAUGACGUGAAUUUCGGUACUUUUCACCUGAUAAGAAAUAUUCGUACGCAUGUGUAAAGACGCCCGCAAAUGAGGAAUCUUAGUCUAUCGUAUAAAUUCACUCAGGAGUAUUUAUAUGUACCUUCAAAAAAUCGUGAUACAAAUUAUAUUACAUUGUAUUAUUUGUUGAAUGUCGUAAAUUCAUAACAUUUUGUCCAUCAGCUUCUAUUUACUUCAGCACUUGUUCCAUGACCUCCUCUACGGGACGGUGUUCCAUUCUAUAACUUGAAAGUUCUGGGCUAAGGUUUUGGAUAAAUUGAAUGUCUAGGGAUCAUGGCAAACAAUUUUGAGAUAUUUCGUUUUUUCCCCCUUUUCCCCAUAUUUGGAACUUUGCAUCAUACCCUUCCUAUACAUAAUAACAUGCACGUGUUGGAAAUGUUUGGAAUUUUGAAUGCACAGACCAUGUUAUAUGGUUACAUGAUAUCACGCUAUAUUUCACAACACUAUGUACAUAGGUAACUAAAUGGUGACUCUCGCACAUAAAAGCCACCAUAAACAAUGUAUAAGGUUGUUACCCACACCUUCUGAUGGCGUGGCUAACAAUUACAUAGUACACAUUACUGUACACGUGGAAAUUUACGUGAGGUAGAAAUCUAUCCUAAUUAGUUCUUUUGAUCGCGAAAAUUCAUCCACCUAUAUUAUUUGGAUAUCAAUUUGCGUAAUCUAGAACUACAAAUGGAUAGAUCAAUCGCGAAAAUUACAACCCAUGCGUAUAGUUUACAUAUCGAAAACGCGAAAUUAACCCUCCGCGAUAAUAACUGCGUUUCCAUUUAAGUUAUUGACAUAAUUUUGAAAAAAUAUUUGUGGUGAUUACUGUCACUUUGUUGUAUAAAUAUGAAAACAAUUAAUCUUAAACAGUGCAGAAUGUUUUGAAACAUGUACCUUAACAUGAAAUCAUUUUAAUGUUGCAUUUAAAAUUAUUACAUAUACCUAUACAACAAUACCUGCUUCGUGUGUACAUCAACAUUCUUUUCUGUAGUGUUUAGAUAACCUGGAUAUCUGUAACUUAUUCAAUUAAAUGGUUAUUAAUUCAGAAAUAUAUGUCAGGAUACAAGGCGAUGAAUUUGAUGUUGCAUUUUAAGAUUGUAGAAUAGCUAAGCUAAGAGAAUGCAUUACACUUAGCUAUAAAACAGAAACAUGUAGAGUAUUGAUUUGUUCAUGUGUUGUUAUACGACGUUUGUACGACAUCACCCCGGGCAGCAUCUCGUUAGCCCGGUGUCUCCUUUAGCAAAGUCUGGUUAACUUAGGUCUUCUAAGAUAACAUACACCAAGCCAAGUGGUUGUCCCAUAAUUUACAAACAUAAAACAUUUCCUUGGCAACUAAAUUUGCUCCGAUGAUUUACAUAUUUGAGGAAACAACCUUUAUUCUUUACUGUGAAAGAACCCAUGGAAAUUGUAUUGUUAGAACGCACUACAUAAUUAUGUCAAGAAAAUCAGUUUCUUAUAGAAAGGUGAAUUGUAUUGAUUUGUUAAUAUAAAUGUGUUGUUAUAAGACGUUAUAAAGCAUUAUUAUUUAAAUUC